AUGCUAAAGUUUAGCCGUCAAUUUAGUGGUAAAGUCUAUCACUUGAAGUUUUUGGCUCGAGCAAAUGUCGACUAUUGGUCCUCGAGCCGUGAUUUGCUCGCGCGAUCAACAGUAGCAGCAGUAGCAACAGCUACAACAAUAGCAUCCUCAACUCAGACUCAGCAUAUUUCUCCAGCAUUUAGCAUAAGACAUUUCAGUCAUAGCUCAAGUAGGCAAAACGAGAUUCAGCUUCCGGAAACUACUACUUCUCUUACUCCGCAAUCCCAACCUGCUACAACACUUUUUACCAAUGUCGCACAUCAAAUCAAACAAGACAAUAGCAUUGCACUACUUGAUCCUUCAGAUUCUUUAGUUGUAGACCUAGAAGCAACAUACAAUGUUCUCAAGCCACAAGUAAAUGACGAAAAUAACUUUGAGAGGCAAUGGGUUCCGAUGUUUAAUCAAGUAAAAGAUCUAAAGACCACUCAAACAAACCUAGUAUCGCUCUUAUUGUCUACAGGAAACCCGGUUGACAAGUUCAACGCUGCAUAUUUAAUCAGUUGUCUUGUUUUACGGGCCACCAAAAAAUACGCUGCUACAACUCUUCUCGACAUUUGUGCUCAGCUGAUAGCCGACGGGCACUUAGACCAAUGCCGAAACAUAAUUGAAUUUUGGAAUAUUUUCCAUCUUCAUCAUCCUGUGGUCCCUGGAGGUGAGAGUAGUGACCUGAAAAAACAUUUAGUAGAACGAGUUAUUCGACAAGCAUUCAAGACUGGUCAACAUCUUUUUGCCGCAGAGGCAUUGAUUAGGUUUUACAAGCAAGAUGUAAAUCUGAUAUCACGACCUUUGGUUUCACAGGCAGUACGAAUGCUUUUGAUAUACCGGCCAUCUUUUUCGGCAUACAAUAUUUUGGCACUGCAAAGACUAUUUGAGGAGCUGCCACCGUCUUUAGUCCGGCUGACGGCGGACGAAAAACGCAAACUUGUUAAUUUGGGGAUGCGAGUGCAAACAAAGGGUGUUAUCCCAUCGUUUGCUAAUGACGUUUACGACUUGGCCCUAAAAAUUCCCGGAGAAAAGAUUCCAUUGGAGCCGGUCUGUUCGUUAAUACGAUUAAACAUUCGCUACAACACAACUUCUCGUGCCUCUAGGCUUUUCCACGACCUGCGGAAACAAAGCAAGUCAGUCGUGGCCAAUAUGGAUAUUGAGACGCUGAUACUUAUGAUUCGACAUUUUUCACAACACCGAAAAUAUCUGCAUCUAACGCGCGACAUUGUGGAAAUGAUACCACCAGAUAUGUAUUUGUCGGAAGGCCUCAUAGAAACACUUUUAUCAUACUGCGCGCGGGUGCGAAACGAGGAGCUAGCCAUGAAGCUUUAUCAAUCACUAGAGACUCCUAUUGCACGAAGCGUGUUGACAGCUCUGUUGCAUUUGCAUAUAUCGUUUGAUGACAAUGAUGGCGCAGAAAAGGUGCUUGCAGAGAUCUCGCGACGCGGAGAUUUUUUACGGCCCGUGGAGUUUUCAAUGGUGACUGGGGCAGCAUUGAAACACGGGAAUCUGGAAAAGGCGCUGGAGCUGAUUAAAGAGAAUCCGCCACAUGUUGCACAGAUGGGAUACGGGUUGGUGAUGAAUGCUGCUAUUGAACGGUCUGAUCUGACACUAGUGGACGAGGUACUGAAACUUGCAAUGGAGAACUUGGAGAUUGGUAAUCCAGAGUGUAAUACUAUUUCGCACUUGAUGAUUAAGAAAAUUAAUAAGUUUGAAGGAUGUGAGGCUGCACGCGUUCAAUACUUAAAGUGGAAGAUAAUGAAGCGCGAGGUAGUAGCUAAGGUUCAAAUGCCCGAUCCUAAAACGCAACUGGUAGUUGUACGAACCAUUUUAGACCAGGCCAUCAAGGAAAAGAACCGAAGGGUACUGCGGUGGGGGUUGCAUGAGCUGCGGCAUCUGGGAGUGCAUACCAAAGAUAUUUACAAGGAGAUUUCACGAAGAAAAGGUCUCUCUGUGGAUAUUGUCAAAAAGAUUUUCAGCGAAAAAGUUAUACCUGAGCAGUUAAAAGUUUAA